ACUCUUAUAAUGUUUUCAUCUUUUUUGUUGUAUGCAUUUCGCAAACUGCCAACACAUGGCUCCAUACUUUUUUUUCUCGGCCAAUGAUGCACGCUCCAUACUUGACUCCUUUUAAUCCUCUAUCUCCUUUGUUGCCCUUCAUUUCACUGAUUCUCUGUUAUUGCCUCCCUUUCUUCAAAUGGAAAAGCUCUGUCUUCUUCUUGUCACUCUGCUGUGUCUUCCUCUGCUAUCUCACGGAGGACCAGCGAUAGCCUUGAAAACUCAAGAUGGAUCAGAGGAAUGGGGAUACGUACAAGUCAGACCCAAAGCCCACAUGUUCUGGUGGCUUUACAGAAGUCCCUAUAGAGUUGAAGAUCCCUCCAAGCCCUGGCCAAUCAUCCUUUGGUUGCAGGGGGGACCUGGUGCUUCAGGAGUUGGUAUUGGAAAUUUCGAGGAGGUUGGACCAUUGGACACCAAUUUGAACCCUCGGAAUUCCACUUGGUUGAGAAAAGCAGAUCUCCUGUUUGUGGACAAUCCAGUUGGAACGGGAUAUAGUUACGUGGAGGAUCAAAAGUUGUUUGUGAAAACAGAUCACGAAGCAGCCACUGACUUGACUACGUUGUUGGUUGAGAUAUUCAGUAAGAAUGAAAGCCUUCAACGCAGUCCUCUGUACAUCGUAGCAGAGUCUUAUGGUGGGAAAUUUGCUGCCACUCUUGCAUUAUCCGCUCUCAAGGCUAUUGAAGCCAAGACAUUGAAGCUUAUUCUUGGAGGGGUGGCAUUAGGGGACAGUUGGAUCUCCCCUGAAGAUUUUGUGUUCUCAUGGGGUCCUCUUCUAAAAGAUGUCUCUCGCCUUGACGACAACGGCAUGCAAAAAUCAGAUGGUAUAGCUCAGAAGAUCAAGCAGCAACUAGAGGAUGGCAAAUUCGUCGAUGCAACCAACUCGUGGAGUGAACUUGAGUCCGUCAUCAGCUCUAGCAGCAACAAUGUGGAUUUUUAUAAUUUUCUCUUGGAUUCGGGAAGUGAUUCAGCAACAUUAUCAGUAAUGAAGUUGGGACUAUCGAGAGAAAUAGCAAUGAGGCAAUACUCCAAAUAUCUUACCUUAAGGAGGGCAUCUCCAGGUGGGGGUGCUGAUCUUGACACCUUACUAAAUGGUGUCAUCAAGAAGAAGUUGAAGAUAAUUCCCGAAAAUGUCACAUGGGGAGGGCAAUCUGGCGAUGUUUUCACAUACCUGGAAAGCGAUUUUAUGAAGCCAAGAAUUAAUGAGGUAGAUGAGCUGCUAGCCAAGGGAGUCAAUGUGACCGUGUACAACGGACAAGUUGACCUCAUUUGUGCCACUAAAGGGACUGAAGCGUGGAUCAGGAAACUCAAGUGGGAAGGGCUUCAAAGUUUCCUGAACAAAGACAGAACACCCCUUUACUGCAGAAAUAACGGAAGCACCACCAAAGGCUUUGUCAAGUCAUACAAAAACUUGUCCUUUUAUUGGAUCCUUGGUGCUGGCCAUUUUGUACCCACUGAUCAACCCUGUGUGGCAUUGAAUAUGGUGGGCUCUAUUACAAACUCACCACAAAGUGAAUAAUGUAAAACAGGAAAGCUCACGACAAAGAAAAAGGAGAUUCAACAAGCAAACAAAAGCAAUACCAAGCACACAGCAAGAUUUGAAAUAACCCAACCCAUGGGAGGAAAAUUUCUUGUGUAUUUUUAAUUCCCACUCUUUUCUCCUUCUUCUCUGUAUUUUAAAUGAUAGAAAGCUAAAUGCAGCAUUCUGGGAGAUAAAUUCUGCAGUUAAUAAUUGUGUGGCAUUUAGUUGAAAAUCCUUGGUGGCAGCAGUAAAAGUAGACGUUGAUAGAUCGGUCCAAA